AUGGCGACGGCCACCUCCAGCCCGCCUUUGAGCGCCCAAACGCCAUCUUCACCACUCACCCGCAUUUGCAAUGCUGCUAUUGCGGAAGGACAGCAGCUCGACGAUUUUCCUGCAUUGCCAACACCGACCAUCCAGGAGCAGCAACACCUACCCAUCGACAUCACGGAUGCGGCCAACCAGCUUGCGGACGAACAAGUUGCCGUCUACAACGCUAAACUAAAGGUCUUCCGAACCUUCUGCGCGCACUUUAACGAGGCGGCUAAGAAAUUCCCAUCCGGCCCGGAACGCGACUUCGCCCAGCACUUCUCCAGCAGCUUUCUUGGCUUUUGGAAGCAGACACUCAGCAACUCCCAAUCCGCUUCUGCGCCUACCUACAGCAGUGUAGCUGCCCAUACCAGUUCUCCUCGCACUCCCACAGCCCCGACAUACGACGCGCAGGCUUUUCACGCGCACCGCCAAUCCGCACCCACACAUCGCCAAGGGCAACAACCUGCGGCUCCCGCCCCACCCCGAGACGACCUCCGGGUAUUCGUCCGCCUCGACGCCGACGCCCCGGCUAGGAACCAUAUUGGAUACGCCAUCCGCGCUCACGUUGCUAGCAAGACCGGUAUUGAACUGAAUCGAAUCCCGCAAGUAUUUCAAGUAAAGACUGGGUGGGCCAUACGUGCCACAGACAAGCUCACACGCGACCUUCUUGUAGAGCGCCAGACAGAAUGGGCUGCUGACCUCGGCGCAACAGCUGUAGAGACCAGCCAGAAAUGGCACACCUACAUUGUAGACAACUGCCCUCGUAGGCUCACCGACCUUUAUGGGAAUGAACUGAACUACGACGCUGCUGCCCGUGACGAGAUCAACCAUCAGACGGGACUUACGCCGGUCAGCGUUCGAGUCCCCCGUCGUGAUAAUGACCAACAUCCAUACAAAACACUUGUCAUUUCCUUCUUAGAACCAACUAAAAGGCCUUGGAGCCUGUUUGGCACUAGCCGACUAGCCAGACUGAUCGAAAGAACCAACCCUCCCAAGCAUGACAGCUGCACUGCCGCCGAACAAUGUGCCAACUGCCUCGGACCACAUAUUGCGGACCUCACGACAUGCCCGGCGCGGCCAAAGAGAGUUCAUGGACUGCUGCAGCGUCUCCCCAAAGAACAGCGUGCGCUGAUCAGACAAAUGGGCUCUCAACUCUUCCAGCAACACCAGGCCGCACAACGACAGCCUCCUCAGGCGACACCUAACAACCAUCCGGCACCAGAGGCCGUGGCAGAACAACAGCGUGCUCCAAUGGCGGUCAUGGAGCCGCCUCGGGAUCAUGUGAAUCCUCAAGACCUGAGUAACUUCUUCACUUGCACCCUACCGGUCCUGCCACGGCCAAGAACAUACAACAAUGAGAAGAAGACGUUGAAAGUCUUUCAAGCGAACGUGGGCAAGAUCCCGGCCGCCCACGACUGCGCUCUAGCACUGGCCGAUUCAGAAAAGCACGACAUUGUUCUUCUUCAAGAACCUUGGACCGAGGCAAAGAACCCCCGAUGCCUCACAAAGACACAUCCAGCGUACGAGACGUACUCCCCUGUGGACAGCUGGAACGGCAACGAUACGCGGCCCAGGGUCAUGACAUACAUUCGCAAGAACCCGCGUAUCUUAGCAGAUCAGGCGCGACCAGCACUUAGUCGCGACAUACUGUGGGUAACAGUCAACGGAAUGACCAUCGUAAACUUCUACCGCCAACCCUCUCACGAUACCGCACUAAAUGUUCUGCUGGGGUGGUCAUCACCGAAGAGGUGUGUGGUAGCAGGUGACUUCAACGCCAAACACUACUCCUGGCAGACGGGAAGACUAGAAGACCGGGGGGAAGAUAUUGCCGUCUGGGCGGCCCAAAACGGUCUCAGUCUGUUGAAUACUGCAGAUGUGCCCACAAACCCUCACGGCAACACAAUCGAUCUAGCCUUCUCCAACAUUGCUCUGGCAGCCGCCGCCGUCGAAGAUCACCUUGCCACUAGCUCUGACCAUUUCACCCUCUGCCUCACGCUGCCGGAUAUUACCCUCACCCUCCCACAAGUGCCAGGCAAGAUCCGGGUCACCACCGAAGACGAACUGCGGCGCUUUAGGGAACUCGUUCUGACGGGAAUAUGGCGAAUACCACAAGGCAAUGCAACAGCCCUGGAGCUAGACAAUCUGGCCGCGGCAUUGGUUGACCUUCUUCAGUCGGCAGCCACUGCCGCCGGACGCCCAGUCAGGAAAGGGACCCGGAGUGCGCCAUGGUGGACCGAGGAAUGUGCCGGCGCAGCUGCGGAGUACCGGGCCAUCAGGAGGAUUUUCCCACUGGGCUUCAAUCGGGACAUUCAACUUGCAAGAAAAGAGUUCCAACGUGUAGUUCGCCGCGCCAAGCGUCAGUACUGGCGCAACCUCAUCGACGGAUUUUCAGACAGCGCAUCAGUCUUUAAGGCAGUCCGAUGGCUCAAGGCCCCGGGAGCCUUCCAACCACCACCGCUCCAGGUGGGUGACAUUGUGUACGAAACUCAAAUCGACAAAGCAAACGCUCUGAGACGCUGCACGCUGGAGCGCCGCACAGCAGCAGAUGACAUUCCAGAUCCAUGGAUUCCAGUCAGUCCAUCUCGUGCGAUACCCUUUGGCCAAGAAAUCACACUCCAGGAAGUGGAGGAUGCUACUAUCAAGACGGGGAACACGUCACCCGGAGCUGACAACAUCACGGUCAAGCUGCUACAAGCAGUAUGGGACAUCAUAGGAGACCACGUCCAACGCCUCUACGAGGGUUGCCUGGCGGCAGGCCACCACCCGAAAGCCUUUAGAGAAGCAGAAGUAGUCAUGAUCCCUAAAUCGGGGAAAAGAAACCUCUCAAAGCCCAGGGCGUGGCGCCCCAUCUCACUCCUCUCCUGUCUUGGCAAGGGUCUCGAGCGUCUUAUCGCUCGCCGUCUAGCAUGGGCUUCGAUAAACUACGGAGUCCUCCACCCGCAGCAGGCUGGGGCUCUCCCAAAAAGAUCGGCUGUUGACUUGGUCGCAGCAGUGGUUCACGACAUCGAAGGGACACUCGCACGUGGACAGGUGGCCACACUGGUCACUGCCGACAUUCAAGGAGCGUUCGACUCGGCUCUCUGCAACCGCCUCGUUUUGCGACUCCGUCAACAGGGCUGGCCCGACAAUCUUGCACGAUGGGCAGGCUCGUUCAUGAGCGGCCGUUCCGCCAGGGUAAGAUAUCAGGACAUCACCACACCGACGACGCCACUGCAGUGUGGCCUUCCACAAGGGUCGCCCGUAUCCCCGAUCUUGUUUCUGUUGUACACGGAGCCGGUCUAUCGCUUGGGCGAACCCGAGCGACGGUUCGGCUACGCGGACGAUACAGCAAUUCUCUGCACAGGGGACACUGUGGGAGAGACAGCCAGAAAAGCGUCGGCGUAUAUUCAAGAGCUCGUGGAUUGGGGCGCCGCCAACGGCGUUUCAUUUGACCCGGACAAAACAGAAGUUAUGCAUUUUUCAUUGAAGACACGAGAAGCCAGGCCGCCCAUCCGGCAUGGCGACGCGGUAAAGCACCCGGAAAAGGCCAUGCGCUGGCUGGGAAUCUGGCUUGACAGCAAACUAACAUUCAAGGCCCAUGUUGAGAAGUGGACAGCCACGGCUCAGGCUGUGGCCUGCCACCUGCGGAGCUUAGGCAAUACACGACGUGGUCCCUUGCCGAGCGCUCUACAAAGGGCUGUUAGAGCCUGUGUCGAACCAGUCCUGCUGUUUGGAACGGAAGCCUGGUACCCGGGCACACGGAGCCCGCGCUGGAGACAGCCAGCGAAAGAAAGAUCGUCCCGAAUCCAACAGCUUGUGAAGAAAAUGACCAAGGCUAUCAAACAAGCCAUCCGCGCUAUUCUCCCGACUUGGAAGACGACACCAACCACAAUUCUGCACCGGGAAAGCGGCAUACCGCCGAUUCUUCAACUGCUCGAGGCGAAACGACUGCGUUUCUCUGCCCGUAUCAAGUCCUUGGAUAAAGAACAUCCUCUAGCAAAACGCACCGCCGAGGUGACGCCACCGCCCAUUAUCAAAAGUAUUAAGUUGAGGUACCAGCGUCCACCCAAAACCUUCCCAACUCGACUCCGAAGAACCGACAGGCUGCUCGCAAAUUGCCAACGGCCUGCACUGCUCCCGCGUAGAUACCACUCCGAGACACAGCAGCCGCUACAGACUGCAUCCAAAGAAGACUCCGCCGAGGACUUCGACAAGUGGCUCCAAUCCAUCCCCCCAUCUACACUAGUUGUAUACUCAGACGGCUCACUGUCCGAGAAGGGCGCUGCCGGAUACGGCUAUGCCGUUCACCAACGUGAUCACUCCAUUUGUCAAGGCGCAGGACGCCUCGGCCCUGCCGAGGUGUUUGAUGCUGAGGCCAGAGGAGCUCUGGAAGGCCUGAAGGCCGCGCUGAGAUUGCCCCAAUCCGCUUCACAGAAUAUAGUUGUCUGCCUCGACAACAUUGCAGCCGCCAGAUGCCUCCGAGGCCACCCCUCGGACUCUUCACAACGAGUCUUCCUCACUUUCCAAGCCUUGGCGAAGACUCACAGACAAACCGAAGUCCGCUGGAUACCCGGACACACGAAAAUUGCAGGAAACGAGCAGGCUGACGUGCUGGCGAAAGCAGGCUGCUCCCGACCAGAGCCCGUAGACGCUGUCCCAACACUGGCCUUCUUGCGUAGAACCGCCAAACAGCGGUCCAAAGACGUAGUCCAAGCCUGGUGGGAUGUCUCUGCCCCUGACAAGUAUAAGACUUUGAACCUCCAAUUCCCUUGUGGUUGCCCAGAGGAGCUUUCUCUCCCACGCACAACCCUCCAUCACCUGAUCGCAUCGAGAACCCACCACGGAGACUUUGCCGACUAUCAUGAAAGAUUCAAGCACGACGAUGCACAACUGACAUGCACUUGCGGCCGACGAAAGGCGCCCACUCACCUCUUCUACUGCAGGAAGAUCCAACUGCGUCAUCGGAUGAGGCUAGCACCCUCACCGACCGCGGUGAUCAACCGAGCAAUAGGCAAAGACUUUGACAAAUUCGUCAAGCUGGGGAAAGCAAGUUCCUUUUUCGAGAGGAUUUGCCUUCGCCACUAG